ACAGGACAGUAAAAUAAAACUAGAAUAAAACUUGUCUCAAUUAUUUAAGUGAACGUGAUCCUCGUGUCGGUCUCUCUAGAAUAACCACUUGGUCCAAACCACUGAGAUCUGAACUUUUUGUUCAUCUCCAAACCUUUUCAACUCACUAAAGAUGCUCAGGUUAGCUUUGUUUCUAUUUGUAUUAUGCUUUCUCACAACGUCUUCCUCUGCGAGAUCCUUCGUCACCACAAAACCUAGGCCGGUUGAUUCGUUUCUCCCUAAACCAAAGCUAGAGAAUGCGGGUGUGUGUUCUUACACGGUGAUCAUUAAGACAAGCUGUUCCUCGGUGUCUUACACCAGAGAUAAGAUCAGUAUUGCCUUUGGUGAUGUGUACGGCAACGAGGUAUACGUGAAGAGACUAGACGAUCCACACUCAAGGGCAUUUGAAAGGUGUUCUUCCGACACAUACAGGAUAACAGGACCGUGUAUGCGCGACGUAUGUUAUCUCUACCUACUCAGACAAGGAUACGACGGCUGGAAACCAGAGAACGUCAAGAUCUAUGGCUCAUACAUCAGAUCAGUCACUUUCUACUAUAACCUCUUCUUGCCUAACUCCGUUUGGUACGGCUUCAACGUCUGCAACGGCAUUGCCAAUGCCAAUGAUAAGUCUUCUCAACCCAUCAUAGCCUCCAUUGCAGCUAUAUAAAGAUUAUUUAAAAAAAAACAAAUGGUUGAUUAUCUGUGGAAUUGCAAUGUGUAUUUGUGAGAAAAACAUGCAUGUUAUAUAAUGCCUUGAUUUAAAUAUGAGAAAUUCUUCGGGAUAA